GUUCAUUAGCAUUUAUCUUGGACAAGCAGAAUGGCUGCUGGUAGAAUUGCUCAUGCCACCUUGAAAGGGCCAAGUGUAGUCAAGGAGAUCUGUCUUGGUAUUGCAUUUGGCUUGGCUGCUGCUGGUCUUUGGAAGAUGCAUCACUGGAACGAGCAGAGGAAGGUGAGAGCGUUCUAUAACUUGCUAGAAAAAGGCGAGAUCAGUGUUGUUGCAGAAGAAUAAAUCCUUGUAUGCUUUUAUGAUGAUCAUAUGGACAACUAUGAAGUAUCCUGAUCUUUGAUGUCACCUUGUUUGGCUCUUAUUUGAGCUUACUCAAUUUGAAUAUUUGAAGAAUAAAUAUUUUGUUUUAAGAUGCAGAGCACGUAUUUGUAUUAACAAAAGAUGUGAAGUUUGACCAUUCACUUCUUGAGUUAUUGUUUCUUUUCUUGUGA